AGCCUAGCCAGUCCGUAGCAGGGGAGUGCUUAGCUUAGGUGUCACUGUGUUUCAGCAAAACAAACAGGGCAAAAUAUCGGCUUGUCUGUACAGUAGUUAGAAUAUGGCUGAUGACUUCGGUUUCUUUUCAUCCUCCGACAACGGAGCGCAGGCGGAGGAGGACCCCGCAGCCGCGUUUCUAGCCCAGCAGGAAAGCGAGAUCGCCGGGAUUGAAAACGACGAAGGGUUCGGAGCGCUAGAAGGGGCUGGGUCUGGGCAGCAGCAGCCACAGUCUGAGCCAAAUUAUGAUGAUUUUGGAGGAGGGUUGGCCACAGUAAAUGGAGAUGUCUAUCAGGAGUCCAAUGGCCCCACUGAUGGCUACGCUGCUAUAUCACGUGUCGACCAGAUCAGACAGGAGCCCGAGAGCCUGCGCCUGUGGCGGGAGGAGCAGAAAGCCAGGCUGGAGGAACUAGAUGCUGCGUCCAGGGCGGCAGAAAUGGAGUGGAAAGAGAAGGCGAAGAAGGAGCUGGAUGAAUGGCACGUACGUCAGAACGAGCAAAUGGAGAAGAACAAAGCCAACAACAGGAUCGCUGAUAAGGCUUUCUACGAGCAGCCCAACGCUGAUGUGAUAGGCUACGUGGCAUCUGAAGAAGCCUUCCUGAAGGAGUGCGACGAGGACACUCCUGGUUCUGAGUGGGAGAGGGUGGCACGGCUCUGCGAUUUCAACCCCAAAACCAACAAGCAGUCCAAGGACGUGUCGCGCAUGCGCUCCGUACUCAUCGCCCUCAAACAGGCACCCCUGGUCCGCUAGGCUGGUGUAGGGGAGGGCUGGAGCCCCCACUCCCACAAUCGCACUCUCCAUGUUGUUCAAUAGUAGUAGCUAAACUGCCUUGUCUUUGUUGCCUGGACAGAGGAUAGUUGAGAUUAUAUGUUACAAGUGUUUCUUCCAAAUCACUGUUCAUAGUCUGUGAUUAUAGAUGCAGUAUCCCUUUAAAAUGUCAUACCAGCAGUGCUUGCUGUAAUGUCACGCUGCAGUCUGCUCUUUCGUGGAUAUGAAGACAGUUCAGUACACUGAAGGCAUUGAUCAGCCACUAGUGUCUUCCUUGGCUUUGGCUGUGUGUUUUUAUUAUACCUUCUGCUGUAAUAUUUUUAAAUCCAUAAGAGGGUGCUAUUGCAUGAGGAAUUCAGUUUCAAAGAUCAAAGUCACAUUUGGGCAUCGUUCAAACAACGUACUGAAUCCAUCUGAUUCUCAAUAUUGGGAAAUACAUUCUUGGCACUUGCUUAAAAAUAAAUAAAAAAUCAAGUAACAGUUACUGGGAUACUGCAUUUUAUAAUUGUUGAUUCUUGUUUUUUUUUUUCUUUUUCUUAAUGCGCUGUUCUCAUCUGUACAUUCACCAGUGCCAUAAGCUGCUGUAGAUCUUUUAAAGUCUUUGUUUUUGGUGGGAUAGGUCAAUGCUUUAGAACAGUUUACAAUGUGGCCCAGUGAGGUGUGUCUGCUUCUGUUUAAACUAGCGAGAAAUGUAUUGAAAAUCUUGAAUGUAGCAUUUCUAAAAUAGUGCUUGGAAA